CACGCUCCAGUGGCUUUCGCUGGUAGAGAGCGUCUGGGGGAAGGGAGGGACAGAUGGGCUAACACAUGCAACCUGUCUCUCCUCCCUUCUCAAUUGCUUAAUCUGCCUGGUUGAGUAGAGGCGACUGUAGGGAGGGCAACUGGGCAUCCACCCUUGCUCACACGCUCUGCUGGCACCAUUCAAUGGCCUCAGGGAGUAUAGGAUAUGGAACGACUGUUAGAAAGUUCAUGGAACAUGGGAGUGUACGGUUGGGGGUGCAUAGGACAAUCACAGUUGGCUGAUGGGAGAAACUUGAUGAGGAUUAUUUAAUAUAAACUUUAGCGACCUCCUACUGUUCUUGCAGCACCCUGACUCACUGGUUACAGCAUAUAUUUUGUAGGAUAAUAUAAUUUUUGCUGGAGUUCUUUAAUGACUAAGUUUACUUGAUAACGUAAGGCAAAUAAGAAGCUAUGUCGACUGCUCAAGCUUCACACCACAGCGGUGCCUACAACUAUUUCCUGAAUAUGAUGGCUUAUCAGAUAUGCUGUUGCUGUGGCCCAGCACCUUGUUCACUGUGCUGCUCCUUCUGUCCACCCAUCAAAUCAUCCUCCAGCACACGGGUCAUGUACACUUUAUUCCACAUCCUGGCCUGUACUGUCUCGUGUCUCAUGCUGUCUAAGACUGUGUCAGAGGCAGUGAGAGAAAAUGUGCCUUUCUUUAAUGUGGUUUGUGAUGAGGCUCGUGGUGGAGGGGACUGUCAGAUGUUGGUGGGGUACUCUGCUGUCUACAGAGUGUGCUUUGGCACAGCUUGUUUCUACUUGAUGAUGGCCAUCUUUCUGAUUGAUGUCAAAUCCAGUCAGGAUUUUAGAGCCCUCAUCCACAACGGGUUCUGGUUUCUGAAGUUCAUCACCCUGCUUGGAAUGAUUGCUGCUGCCUUCUUUAUUCCCACAGAAUCCUUUUUGCAUGCCUGGCAUUAUGUUGGAGUGGUGGGAGGCUUUGCUUUCAUUCUCAUUCAGCUCAUUCUAAUCACUGCUUUCGCACACACCUGGAAUAAAAACUGGUUAACCGGUGCCGCUGAGCAUAAGAGGUGGUAUGUGGCAGUCAUGUGUGCUACGCUCUUUUUCUACACAAUCGCAACAAUGGCCUUCACUUUCAUGUACAAAUACUACACUCACCCAGCUGGAUGCCACCUCAAUAAAGGCCUGCUAUGGACAAACUUGGCCCUCUGCACUAUCAUGUCUUUCAUUGCAGUUACACCCUGCGUUCAGCAAAAGCAGCCGCGCUCAGGACUUCUGCAAGCAUCCAUCAUUUGCUGUUAUGUCAUGUACCUGACAUUCUCCGCCCUGUCCAGCCGCCCACCUGAGAAAGUGGAGUACCAGGGGGUCAAUAUUACAGUGUGCUACCCCAAAGUCAGCCGGGAUGAAAUUCAAAAUGAAGGCAAUGCUGUGGCCAUUAUUGGUGCUGCGAUCAUGUACUGCUGCGUUCUCUUUGCAUGUAAUGAGGCUUCAUACUUAGCAGAGGUCUUUGGACCUUUCUGGAUGAUAAAGGUUUACCGCUACGAGUUCCAGAAAGCCAGCUGUUGGUUCUGCUGCCCAGAGGAAGAAGACGAGGAGGAGUUUGUCAUCGAUGAGAACAAAGGCUGUCAGAAGGUCAUCCACAAUGAGACCCAGCGUGUUGCCUACAGCUACUUCUUCUUUCAUUUUGUCUUCUUUCUGGCCUCCCUCUACGUAAUGAUGACCCUCACUAAUUGGUUUAGUUACGAGACUGCUGUCCUGGAGACCACCUUCACCCAUGGGAGUUACUCCACGUUCUGGGUCAAGCUGUCCUCUUGCUGGGCAUGUGUGGUUCUUUAUCUGUGGCUUCUGCUGGGUCCCCUGUGCCACUGCCAGUCCGAUCACAAACGCCCUCGCCGCGCCCGCAUCAAGAGACGGACCAACACCCAAUGCCACGUUAGUGUUAGCGUGUGAAUCGUACUAACUGGACAGUUGAAGCGUCAAAGACAGUGGGAAUGGAAGUAGGUUACUGGGAUUUUCACCUGGAGGGAAUGGGUCACUCUGAAGACUAUUAAUCCUGUCAGGAUUAAAACGACCAGCACAGCAAAUGCAAUUCAACAUGGAAGACGUUAACCAUGUUUUGGACUGUAUGAGCAUACCUUUGGGGAUGUUGUUAAAUUGCCAAAAGGAAAAGUUCAAUGUCAUUUACUAGGAGUGUAGACACGCGGUUUACUGUGGUUUAUAUAUGUGCUGUAAUAGCCAUAUGCUCUAGGGAUGAGCCCCUCCCACUAUUUUAGCCAAUCAGAAGCCAUGGGGAGAAAAAAAGCUGUUAUCUAUGAUAUAAUGACUUUAAUAACCCAGCGACAACCAGCCUGUUUAGCUCUAAUUGCAUGUUUAUGUUAGUUUUGUGGUUUAUGUCAUCGCCAUGUAAGUUAUUUUUGUAAAUAUAUUUUUAACAAAACACAUUGUAUAGUUUAUGUGUGUUUUGUAGAAAGGCUGCACUAUAAUUUGACAACCACAUCAAGGUAAUAAAAUAAUCUUAGUCUGCUAAUGGUUAAAGGGAAAAAUGUGCAAAAUGGCUGCCAAAAAUAAAGAGCAAAAGAAAUGUUAAUUGUCAAAAGUACUACGCCACAGAUAGAUG